CAUUGAAUCUAUUACAAAACGCGGGGUUUGAGCCCAUUUCAGUUUCAGCUAGGAGAGAAAGAAACAGAAGAGGAGGAAACAAGAGGGGGAAAGAUACAGGAGAUAGGCAUAUAUAUGUUUUUACUGUAUAUGGUUUUCAUUGCGGAUUAACAUAGAGGAGAGAAGUUUUCCGCAACUAUGGGUACCUCCCCAUGGGCAAUCCUGGUCCUGGGAUGUCUUCUUACAGGGCCGUGGCUCGCAUUUUGCCAGCUUCCAUUACCCACUGUCUUUCCGAAUGAGGAUGAAAAGGUUGUGCAGCUGCAUUCAUCUUUUACCCUAAGAUGCUCUGGGGACAGUGAAGUGAGCUGGCAGUACCCCAUGCAGGAUGAAGAGGACCACAAAAUAGAAGUCAGAAAUGAGGAGAACAACAGUGGCCUUUUUGUGACGGUCCUGGAAGUGGUCAAUGCCUCAGCUGUCCACACAGGGCUGUAUACUUGUUAUUACAACCAUACUCAGACAGAGGAGACGGAGAUCGAAGGCAGAGAUAUCUACAUCUAUGUGCCAGAUCCAGAUGUAGCAUUUGUACCUUCUGUCAUGGUUGAUCAUUUAAUUUUUGUGGAGGAACAUGAAUCUGUCACUAUUCCAUGUCGCACGACGGAUCCUCUGGCUCAGGUGACCCUUCUCAACAGUGAUAACAAAGUGGUACAUGCAUUCUAUGACAGCAGACAAGGCUUUAUUGGAAACUUUGCCAUGGGACAAUUCAAGUGUGAGACAACCAUCAAGGGGAAAACGUUCCAAACGGUUCCAUUCAACAUUUAUACAAUAACAGCUACUCCAGAGCUUGAAGUUGAGAUAGAGGCGGAGAAAACUGUUUAUAAAACAGGAGAAACGCUUGUUGUAACUUGUGCUGUCUUGCACAAUGAGGUGGUUGAUCUUCAAUGGAAUUACCCUGGAAAAGUGAAAAACAAAGGCAUUUUGAAGGUUGACGAAAUCAAAGUUCCAUCCCUCAAGUUGGUGUACACACUGACCGUCCCUAAGGUGACAGUGAAAGACAGUGGUGACUAUGAAUGUGCUGCCCGUCAUGCUACUAAGGAAACAAAGAAGAUUAAGAAAGUCACCAUUUCUGUUCAUGAGAAGGGAUUUAUUGAGCUCAAUCCCAACUUCAGCCAGAUGGAAGCCAUUAACUUGCAUGAAGUGCGCCAUUUUGUAGUGGAUGUGCAGGCGUAUCCACCACCAAAGAUAUCUUGGCUUAAGGACAAUAUGACUGUGAUUGAGAAUCUGACUGAGAUCAUCACUGGCUUAGAUAAGAUCCAGGAAAUAAGGUAUCAAAGCAAGUUAAAACUGAUUCGUGCUAAGGAAGAAGACAGUGGCAAUUAUACUAUUAUGGCCCAAAAUGAGGAUGAUAUUAAGAACUAUACUUUUCAACUUAUAAUUCAAGUUCCAGCUUCCAUUCUGGACCUAGAGGAUGACAAUCAUGGCUCUGCAGGGGGACAGACGGUCAAAUGCAUGGCAGAAGGGACACCGCUUCCAGUUGUGGAAUGGAUGGUUUGCAAGGACAUUACAAAGUGUAAUAAUGAAACUUCAUGGACACUUUUGGCCAGCAAUAUAUCCGACAUUAUAGAAAAACAAGACAGCAGUAUGGUGGAGAGCCAAGUGACCUUCAAUAAAAUUGAAGACACUAUGGCUGUACGAUGCCUAGCAAGGAACUUACUUGGUUCAGUGACUCGGGAACUGAAACUUGUGGCUCCUGCUAUGCGUUCAGAAUUGACAGUGGCUGCUUCAGUUCUAGUGCUGCUAGUGAUUGUCAUCUUUUCCCUCAUUAUCCUGAUCGUCAUAUGGAAGCAGAAACCCAGGUAUGAAAUCCGGUGGAGGGUCAUCGAGUCCAUCAGUCCUGAUGGCCAUGAAUACAUUUAUGUGGACCCAAUGCAGUUGCCUUAUGACUCAAGAUGGGAGUUUCCUAGAGAUGGGUUAGUCCUUGGCCGAAUCUUGGGCUCAGGUGCAUUUGGAAAAGUGGUGGAAGGAACCGCCUAUGGAUUAAGCCGUUCCCAACCUGUGAUGAAGGUGGCGGUGAAAAUGUUAAAACCCACAGCCAGAUCCAGUGAAAAACAGGCUCUCAUGUCAGAACUGAAGAUUAUGACUCACCUGGGACCCCAUUUAAAUAUCGUAAAUCUUUUAGGAGCCUGUACCAAGUCAGGGCCCAUUUAUAUCAUCACUGAAUACUGCUUCUAUGGGGAUUUAGUCAACUACCUGCAUAAGAACAGAGACAACUUCCUGAGCCACCAUCCAGAGAAGACAAAGAAAGAGCUGGACAUCUUUGGGAUGAACUCCGCUGAUGAAAGCACUAGGAGCUAUGUCAUUUUAUCCUUUGAAAACAAUGGGGAUUAUAUGGACAUGAAGCAAGCUGACACCACACAAUACGUUCCCAUGCUGGAGAGAAAACAGGGCUCUAAAUAUUCAGAUAUCCAAAGAUCGAUGUAUGAUCGGCCUGCGUCGUACAAGAAGAAAUCUGUAUCAGACCCAGAAGUGAAAAACCUCCUUUCCGAUGAUAGCUCAGAAGGUCUCAGUCUUUUGGAUCUGCUAAGCUUCACCUAUCAAGUAGCCCGAGGAAUGGAGUUUUUGGCUUCGAAAAAUUGUGUGCACCGUGAUCUGGCUGCUCGGAAUGUCCUUCUGGCUCAAGGAAAAAUCGUGAAGAUUUGUGACUUUGGCCUGGCCAGAGACAUCAUGCAUGAUUCCAACUAUGUGUCCAAGGGCAGUGUAAGAGGCACACCCUAUCCUGGAAUGAUGGUGGAUUCUACUUUCUAUAAUAAAAUCAAAAGUGGAUACCGGAUGGCCAAACCCGACCAUGCCACCAGUGAAGUAUAUGAGAUCAUGGUGAAGUGCUGGAACAGCGAACCCGAGAAGAGACCCUCCUUUUAUCACCUGAGUGAGAUUGUGGAAAAUCUGCUCCCUGGACAGUAUAAGAAGAGUUACGAGAAAAUCCACCUGGACUUCCUGAAGAGUGACCACCCUGCCGUUGCUCGCAUGAGAGUGGAUUGUGAUAACACUUACAUUGGUGUCACCUACAAAAAUGAAGACCAGAUGAAGGACUGGGAGGGCAGCUAUGAUGAACAGAGGCUCAGUGCUGACAGUGGCUAUAUCAUCCCUCUGCCUGACAUUGACCCUAUCCCCGAAGAUGACCUAGGCAAGAGAAACAGACACAGUUCCCAGACAUCUGAGGAAAGUGCCAUUGAGACAGGUUCCAGCAGCUCCACCUUCAUCAAGAGAGAGGAUGAAACCAUCGAGGACAUCGACAUGAUGGAUGACAUUGGGAUAGACCCCUCAGACCUGGUCGAAGACAGCUUCCUGUAA